AUGUUGGCUCCGGAUGUAAAUUUAAUUGGAUCGACGCUCCCACAGCGGGCCCACGGUUUAGCGCGUAGUGAGCCGUACGACAUUUACGAUUAUUUACGUAUUCGGGAUCGUGUUUCAUCGCCUCAUGAUGAUAUUCGGGAUGGGCCACCGAAGCGACGCCUGUUACCGCAAGAGAAAGGUGAAACACCCUCACAGCGUCUGUUUCAGCAUCCGCAACAACAAAUUCCAAUGGAGUUUGUUGAUGAACCGCUGUUGCCACAGCAACUUGUCCGCGGUGAACGUCGCGAAAUUGAGGAAGAAAUAGCGAACCGUGUAUUGUCAGACAUUUCUGAAGAAACAUCUAUGGCUUGUUCGCUGCCCUCAGGAGAUGAACUCGAGUCGCCAUUGCAAACUACCGAGAGGCAGGUACUGCAGAAGAAAAGUCGAAGCAAGUCAUCAACACCGCAAGUUGAAGGAUUUUCACUGGAAGGCACACCGAUCGCCUCACCAGCUGGUACUGCUGAAAGUGCUGGUACACCGCUUCCGGAAUAUUAUUCAAAUAUCGAUAUGGUAAAGUUUUUAAUCAAAACUACAAGCUGAAU